CAUCUCCUCUUUCUCUCCAAAACCCUAAAUAUAAAUGUUAUACAUAAGGCGGCCACCACUAUCGCAGCAGCGGUUCCUUCUUCUCAACCAAAAAAAAACCCAGUUUGAAAAGAAGAUUCAGUGAGUAGCUAACAAUGGCUCCUCCAGCUAAAGUUACAUCGAAGAAGGCUGACCCCAAGGUGCAGGCUAACAAAGCUUCCAAGGCUGUCAAAGCUGGAGCAUCAACCAUUAAGAAGAAGGCUAAGAAGAUCCGCACAUCAGUCACAUUUCACAGGCCAAAGACAUUGCAGAAGGCAAGGAACCCCAAGUACCCACGUAUUAGUGCACCACCAAGGAACAAGCUUGACCAUUACCAGAUCCUGAAAUACCCACUCACCACCGAGUCCGCAAUGAAGAAGAUUGAAGACAACAACACCCUGGUAUUCAUUGUUGAUAUCCGUGCUGACAAGAAGAAAAUCAAGGAUGCUGUCAAGAAGAUGUACGACAUCCAGACAAAGAAAGUGAACACCCUUAUCAGGCCGGAUGGAACUAAGAAGGCUUACGUGAGAUUGACUCCAGAUUAUGAUGCUUUGGACGUUGCAAACAAGAUCGGUAUCAUAUAGACUGUAGGCUGUUUAUGUUAUUUCCGUGGAACUAUUUUGUCGCCAGCAGUUUUGGUAGUAAACUUGCAUCAGAUAUUAGACUCACUUUUCGGUAGUAAAGUUUGAUUCAGGGUACAUUUGGUUCUGUUUAAUCUUUAACCUAAAGACCUUGUUACUCUGCUUUGAUGAGAUAAUGUUUUGUCUAGUAAUUGGUUUAAUUGUUUGUCUUAUUA